CUGUCAGCCCGUGCAGUACUCACUGAUCGAAUCGAAUUCGGAUUGGCAUAUGGCGAAGUGCAUGGACCACUUCAAGAGGGCCAACAAGCACUGGCGUUUCGUUCGUAAGGUUAUUGUCGACAAGGACUUGCAAGUGGUGGACAUAACCCGUAAGAAAUUGCCGGAAGCUCGUGCACUUCUAUGUCACUUUCAACUGAUUAAGUGGCUACACAAUACGAUUCGAGAUCGAAAAAAAAUGGUGCCUACGAAGAAGACGCCAUAACUCAGAUGAAACAUACAAUAUCAAACAUGACGUACUCACGAACGGAGGCUGACUACAAGACACAUCGUGAUGAAUUUGAAAGUUUAUCUACGAAGGACCGGUGUCAGGACCUGUGGAAUCACUUCCAAACAAACUGGGAUGCGUGCUGUGGGCUAUGGGUACUGGCGCAUCGUGUAUCGCUACCUCACUAUGAAAAAAAAACAUGCAAACAACCGAGUGGAAAGUCUGUUUGGCAAAUUAAAGUAACAUCUGAAAGAACAUCUAUUGAUGAAGGCGAGUCUCAGGGCUCUUUUGAAGUACCAAGAUCAUGUAGAGGAGGAGUACUGUGCUAGGGUCGAGAUGCCCGACACGCUACGAGAGGUUCAUACUCUGAAGAAUUGAACGUUGCCUUAGGCAUGAUGCCUCGUUGGGUGGCGGCAAAACCAGCGCUAAUAACAGCGACGGACGCCUUAGCGAGCCUGAAAAAUAUCGUCGCAUUCAACAAGCAUUCGGACGGAUC